UUCGAAGCAAGAACCAAGCAACCAGCAGGAGGAAGGACAACUGAUAAAGUGUAUAUGAAACCAAACCAAUCCAACAAUGGCCUUAUCCUCGAUAUCAACAUACAUGAUGUCUAUCAAUCUGGGGAUAUCAACUGUCUACGAAGAUUCCUGAAUACCAUCGAGACUACCUGCAAGAAGACCUCACUGAUCAGCUCCACCAUCAAUAGGAAAGACCAAUCAGGCAGGACACUCCUCCACAAGCUUGCUGCCUCAAGAAACGAAUCAGAUUCCAUAGAAUGGCUUGAACUCCUGGCUCAAAACCACCUCCUCCAACUUAACAUUCCCGACCUCGAAUCCGGUUGGACUCCACUCCAUCGGGCACUCUACCAUGGCAACCUAAGAUUCGCAAAAGUUUUGAUUGACCAGUUGGAAUGUGACCUGAAUACAAAAGAUCAUGAAGGAUUGUCAGCGUUCGACUUGUACCACUCGACGAUUGAUGGUUCAAUAAACUGGAUCAGUUCAAAACCAUCACAAGCAGAAAAUCAGCAGCCGCACACAGAUCUGUUUACUUGGGGUUCCAACCGAAACUUCGUCCUGGGUAUUCAUGACGAUGGAGAUCGACAUCAUCCCGAACGGAUUCAUCUCAAACGGUCUAUCAGCUCAUCUUCUCAGCUCGACCCCAUCUCAUCAAGCAAUCAUUUCAUCUCCAAUCCUUUGAAUUUUGUCGCCAUUGGUCGACUCCAUACUGCCCUCAUCACCUCAGAAGGUGAAUUACGGGUAUGUGGAUUCGGAUCUGGUGGAAGAUUAGGCUUGUCGACGAGCUCAAAAAGCAAUGCUCAAGAUCAGCGUCCUACUGCCGGGAUCUCGGCCGAGACUCAAUUCACAUUUGCUCCCGUCAAACGAGGCGGCUUGGCCCAGCAAAAAGUCAAAUUUGUUGCCUUAGGUCAAGAUCACACCGUCGUCAUCACAAAUCCAGGACAGGUCUACACCUUUGGGAUGAACCGGUUCGGUCAACUAGGUUAUGGCCCCGAAUCUGCAGGAGCCUCGAUCGAGAAUAUGAUUCAAGUCGAGCCGAAACGAGUCCUUGGCUUGCUGAAGAAGGUGGAUGUGAUAGGUGCGGCUGCCUCACGCUGGCAUACUGCUGUUUUCAGCUCAGAUUCACUCUUCACCUGGGGAGCCAAUCGAGGCCAACUGGGCUACCACAACCCUCAUUCUCUCAACUCAUUAGCCUCGAUCCAAAUCACGCCUAGAAAGGUAGCAAUUGCUCAUACAUCAAUCAUCCAACUAAGUUGUACCAGCUAUGAAACUGCCUAUCUGUGCGAAAACUCUAGUGAGGUGUACGUCUUGAAGGCCGAAGUCACAAUUAGAGUCGUCUUUCCAUUCGACCGAUUUCCAUCCGAUAUCCAAGUUUCUGGAAUGCCCAGCACUCAUCAAGGACAUACCCCAGCCACACGGAUCCUACAACUCGACAGUUCUGAUCAAACUUUGGCCGCAGUCUCUAGCAUGGGCGACGUCUACAUAGUUGACUUGGAAAAUCCUAAUCCAUUGGAAAAUCCUAUCAACUAUGUUAACAUGUCCUCUAGUCCCCACCGAUCCAACAUCUCGACGACCCCCACAGGUCCUGCAUUCAAACCCAGGCGGAUAUGGUGCUCAACUAGAUCGACUACUGCUGCCAAACAUGUCGCCGUGGGGCUGGAUGGAGAUGUGAUCAUCACUACGAUGUCGGGACAUGUUUACAUCAGUUACAGGCGAUCAGCCGUCAAUGCCCCCCUCAAAAGUUUAGAUACUCGCUCUACCGAGCCAUCUGUGAUUAGUCAUCCGAAGAAAAAUUACAAGUUCCAAAGGGUCCAAUAUCUCCAGCGAGUUUCUCGUGUCGCUGCCAACCCGACGGGCUCUUAUGCGGCGAUCCGGAUGGACGUUCAAUUGAGGGAGAUCCAACAAAGCUUACCCGAGGAGAAAAUCACACUCGCUUCAAGGCUCGCCAGCAUGCUUCCUCAUCUCAAGAAGUAUGCCAGCUCAGUGCCAGAACUUCACACAGUUCCUUCAGCUAUACUUACGUCCAAGAUGCCAUCCGAUCUCUCCACGAGUGGCCAUUUUCGCUCCGGAUCUACUUCACCCAGCUCGGAAGUCCAUUUGGAUGCGGAUGAAGAUGUCAUCGAGGAAGAAGAAGAUCGGGAGGAUCUGGUUUGGGAUUCUCGAGUCGGUUCGGCACUAUUUGGCUUAUCCUUGAACUGGAGUGACGAUCAUCCUACCUUGGAUAGUGGUGAUAUCUUCUUGGUCGCUAACUCUGGAGAAAAGAUCUUGGUACAUCGGUUCAUCUUAUGUUCAAGAUCGCUAAUCUUGGACCAAAUCCUCAACAAUCUCACUCAUGUCGAUGGUAUCAGUUACCAUCCGGGCGAGACUGGGGAAGAUGAUGAUGAUGCUGAACAGGGAUCCUUGAGACUGCCUACGCUACGCUUCGACCAACAUAUGCUUUUAACUUUAUUACUCUUCACUCAUUAUAUUUACACAGACACUUUUCCUACUAUCUGGGACAAUCGGGUGUGGCCACAGAUCGAACACGCACACCAAGAGUUUCUUUCCAAUACUCGUUCUUCAGGGAAGCCUAAACAUGCGAUCAUACAUCAACUCAACGAAGCUAAAGAAGGCCUCAAGAGCCUUGCCCGAAGCCUCGGUUUUCCUGCCCUGGAGCUUUCUCUUAUGCGACUUGGAAAGGCGACCCCUAAGCCUCUCCUUUCCAACCACUUCCGGAUGAUCUUACCCACCCUAGGCUUGUCGAACUCAUCAUCCGAAGCUCAUGAUGAUAGUCAAGCGAACCCCCAAGUUGACCCUGAUCAUGAUUUCAUCCCCAAUUUUCAAUCCAGUAACUUGAAUCCAGACAUGGAACUGGAGCUCAAAGAUGGAGAGAUUCUCACCUGUCACUCAAUCUUGAUGCGCGCUCAAUGUCCGUUCUUCCGGUUGAUGUAUGACCAGGAGGUCUGGGUGACCGGUCGGAGACGAGCCAAGGUGACGGGAAACAGCAAUUUGAUCAGGAUCGACAUGGGCCAUCUGUCGAAGAAAGUCAUGCAGGUCGUCCUGAGACAUAUCUAUACCGACGAGGCUGAUGAUUUGUUCCUUGCCAAAGAUUUUCUUUCGUUGAAUGACUAUAUCGACUUUGUCUUUGAUGUCAUGUCGGUAGCAAAUGAGUUGAUGAUGGACAAGCUCAAGUAUAUCUGCAGUGUGGUACUCAGACGUUGUGUCAAUCUGUCUAAUGUGACUGCUAUUGCGUCUGAAGCCGAAUUUUAUCGCGCGGAUUCGUUGAAAGAGACAUGCAUGAAUUACAUGAUUUACAACCUGGAAGCACUUUUUGAGGAUAAAGGAUUGAUCAAGAUCCCAAAUGACUUACUCGGAUCAAUCUCUUCGUAUUUGAAGCGAGUUCAGACCGAUAAAUUCCCGAUUUCUCGAUCGACUCGGAUCAUUGAGGAAUUGAUGGCUGAUAAUUCACAGUUCUUAAUUGAUUUGGAUCUGCCUAAAUCUAAAUUGGUUUUGACGACACGUCAUUGGAAAUCCUUUCAUAAAUCAUUGACCCAUCAAAGCUCUCAAGCUCUUCCAGAUCUUGAUAUAACUUUCGACAAAAGGAUCUCGAGGGGAUCGGUUGCAAUCGACCCUCAUCAGCUGAUAACUGGCAGUUCAUUUCAACCAAGCUUUAGCCCACCGCCUGAUCCUGUUGGAAGGAAUCAAGCCACUCAUCCAGAUACAAGUGCAAUCGACUCCGGCCCAGGAAUGAAUGGGACUCCUUCAAGGACUUUGGAGUCUGUACAUGAGACCAUGGACGACGAUGCGCCAUUUGUGAUGGAUGAACUUGACGGUGCGGUUCACUCGACGACCAAAGCAGUUGGUAAAAUGAAAUUGGGCCACUCAUCCGCCCCUCAUGACAGUUCGGCAUGGGCCGCUCCGGUCAAGAAGGUGACACCGAUCGAUCUGAGGAUGGUGACAUCUUCGAGCAAACAACGCGGGUCGUUCGGGCCAUCCAAUUCCCAGCUAGACACUCUCCCAUCCCUUCGAUUGCCAUCUGAUCUGACGCCCAACCAAAAACUCUCUCAACGUGAAAAGAGACGACAGUCAGCGGAAGCAUCUAAAUCCAAACCAGACUCAUCAUCGACAUCAGCUGCUCAGAGCAUCCCGAGCAAGGCCCCUGCCUGGAGGUCUAUGAGCGGUGGUAGCAGUGAUCGGAAGAUUGCAGGACCUGGUGGACAAGGAUUGCCGUCCCUGAUGAGCAAUCCAUCUCUCUCAUGUUCACCCAGCUCGUCCCAGCCACCGGUUGGGCUAAUAAAAAAUGUUCAAGCGACUGGGCCCCUUGUGGGCCGAGUCCAGGGAGCUGUCGUCCCGAGGAAUCCGGAGCCGAAUGACCCGGCCUCGGCCAUUGGCGCGUCCGUGAUCACUCCUACACGAGCUGUCAAUGGAAUCGGAGCUAGUAACACUUUCCGUCGCGCCUUGGCCGGUCAAGACACCCCAUGGACCAACUAUGUCUCCACGUCUACACAGUUCGUGUUCCCUGGGACUUCCGCUAGUCCACUAGAUUCGUCAUCAAACCCAGUUCUUGGCUCUCAAUAUGAGAACAAAUUUGAGGAACAUACUCUGACCCUCGGUGGAAGUCAUGGGAUCGAAAACACGUCUGGGACCAACCAAACAAUGGCCAGGAAGAACACAAGCAAUUCGAGCCAGACGACGACAACAAACUUCUCGACGAUCCAAGAGCUUCAAGCCAAGGAGAGUUGGGCCUUAUAUGGCCCUGGGAAACAGAAGCCUAAGUUGGCGGAGAUUCAGGAAGAAGAAAAUCGGCGAUUGAUGGAGAAGAAACAGGAGGAACAAUUCUUGAAAUGGUUCGAGGAGGAAAGUCUUAGACUCCAACAACAACAACAGCUCCCUCAGGCUAACUCUCGUCCUAAAAAAUCAGCUGCUUCUACAAGAAAUAAGACUGGCUCGUCUUCUAAUCGCCCGACUCAUCCCACCUCCUCCGGUAAUUCUACCAUUACUCCCCUGCCUCAACGACCCCAUCCAAAAGACAAAAAGGUGACUCAGAACUCGGAUAAGUCGGCUCUUCCUGAGCAUCCUCAUAAGGCCUCUAAUAAACCGCCGCCUGAUCUGUCUUCGACUUCUGCUGUUCAUCAUCCUGAACUUCCUAAUCCUUCUCCAAAAGGGAAAAAGAAAGCCAAAGCUAAUAAUAAUAAGGCUAUGCUUUCUAACUCCAAACAGUUUUCUACUUCGUCCACUCCUACAUCUACAGCAACAACGACUGUUGCGCUUACUCCCUCCGACAAGAAACCGUCGUCUAUGACAUCUGUACCUUCGUCUUCUUCAACUACUGCUGCCACCAAUCGUGGUAGUAAUAACACUCAAUUGUCUCAUCAUCACCACCAUCAUCAUCAAGAUGAACAUCUCCCAACUUUGCAUCAUCAAAACUCUUCUCGUGUUAAAGCUAAUUAAAAUCUUCGACUGGUUUUCUGUUUCCAUCAUUUUUUUUUUCUGUUUGUUGAUUUGAU